CUGCGCGGGGCUCCCGGCGCCGGGGGGCCAUGCGCCGGGCGGCUCGGGCAGCCCGCGGACCCGGCGCAACUUGCCGCCGGGCAUCCUGAAGAGUUGGGGUGGCCGCGGGCUCGGAGCCGGGGCGCCCGGCCGCCUUUCUUCCCCCUCGCCAACCCCCCUCCCUUUCGGUCGUGGGGGAGGGGGCUCGUGUCCCCCAUCCCGGGAGGCCCGGUCCGCCCCCGCCCGCUCCCGCCCCCUCCCCCGCGGAGCCGUGCAACUUAUCGGGAGCCGGGGCCAAAGUGAGCGCAAAGUGCUGCCCAAGUUGCCGGGAUGGAGCUGCAGAGCCGGCCGGAGGCGCUCGCCGUGGAACUCGCGCGCCACCAGAACGGCGACCUCAAGAAGCAGCUCCACGCGAGGCCGCCGCGGAUCGCCGCGCUCAGCGACAAACAAGCUCUGGGAUCCACCCCUGCCGUGCCGGUCACGGGUCCGCAGGUCAGCUCCUUGCAGAGGCUGGCCGGGCAAGGAGUGGCAGUGCCGCCCCAGGUUAGGCCAAAGACUCUGAUUCCAGACAGCCUCCCCGUCACCCCCGGCCGGGACCGGCCACCCAAACAGCCCCCAACAUUCCAGAAGGCCACCGUGGUCAGUAUCAAGAACCCCAGCCCAGCCCUCCCCACCGCCAACAACACCGUGAGCCAUGUGCCAGCGCCCGGCAGCCAGCCCCAGGCCCUCGCGGAGCCGGCCGCCAUCACGUCCUCUCUGAGCAGUGCCGGGGUGGCCUACGCCAUCAUCUCCACGGCCCCCAGCAAUGCCGCCGCCAUCGCCCCCAGCGCCACCGUGUCCGUGGUCAGGGACAGCAUCAAAGUCCAGCCCCUCCUCAUCAGUACCGACAACAAGGUCAUCAUCAUUCAGCCUCAAGUGCAGACCCAACCCGAGAGCAAGGCCGAGUCGCGGCCGCCCACGGAGGAGCCGUCUCAGGGAGCUCAGGCCGCCAAGAGGAAGGAAGACCGGCCCCCGAGCCAGGAGAACCCCGAGAAAAUCGCCUUCAUGGUGGCGCUGGGCCUGGUUACCACGGAGCACCUGGAAGAAAUCCAGAGCAAACGCCAGGAGCGGAAGCGGAGAAGCACCGCCAACCCCGCCUACAGCGGCCUCCUGGAGACUGAGAGGAAGCGGCUGGCGUCCAGCUACCUGAACAGCCCCCUGUUCCUCACGGCACGAGCCAAUGAGGACCCCUGCUGGAAGAGCGAGAUCGCCCAUGAUGAGCACUGCGCGGCCUGCCAGAGAGGGGCCGACCUGCAGCCCUGCGGCACCUGCCCGGGCGCCUACCACCUCGGCUGCCUGGACCCGCCCCUCAAGGCCGCGCCCAAGGGCGUGUGGGUGUGCCCCAAGUGCCAGCAGAAGGCCUUAAAGAAAGACGGAGCUGUGCCCUGGACCGGGAUGCUGGCCAUCGUGCGCUCCUACGUCACCCACAAGACAGUCAAAGAAGAGGAGAAGCAAAAGCUGCUGCAGAGAGGCAGCCAGCUGCAGAGCGAGCACCGGCAGCUGGAGGAGCGGGACCGGCGCCUGGCCUCGGCCGUGAAGAAAUGCCUGGAGCUUAAGAUGAGCCUGCUGGCCCGGCAGAGGGGCACCCAGUCAUCCUUGGACCGCCUGCGGGCCCUCCUGAGACUGAUACAGGGCGAGCAGAUGCUCCAGGUCACCAUGACGACCACCAGCCCCGCCUCGCUGCUGGCCGGGCCCUGGACCAAGCCCUCAGCAGCAGCCAUGCACACGGCCCUCCAGCACCCCCAGGGACACAACUGACUCCGAGGGCCGUCUUCACACGGCGGAGAGCCACUGGGACCCGGCCCACAGCCUGGGGUCUGUCAGCCUUAACCAUGAACAAUGUGAAUCUCAGACAAGAACAGAGCCAGACAGAACAAGGCAGGAGGAAGGGCAGUGGAGCGAGCGAGAGUCCUAGUUCUCCAGCCCGGGGUGGGGGUGGAGCCCCCCCUCACGUUCAGACGGGACCCCAUCACGUUCAGGUGGGGCGCACCAUCGGCCUGCUGUGGUGGGACUGCCCAGGCCUCCGGCUUGCAGCACGGCUGUCCCCACACCUCCCUCGUGCAGAAGUGUGAGGGGCCAGGGCGCCCCCGCUGAGAGCCAGCGUGCCCGCUCCCCUGAGGACCCGUGUCCGGUGGGGAGGAGCCGGAAAGCAGACGUAGCCGAGUAGUGCAGGUAGUUGGACAGAAGUGGGUAGCGAAUCUAGGUAGGACGCCAGGGCCCUCCCUCAUGGGGGCCAUGCCCAGGGCUGGGUGCCCGUGCCUUCCAGUCGCCCAGGCCCACCUGUCAGUAUUAGCAGCUGUUUGACUUGAAACUCUACGUUCAAGGGGAUGCUGCUGCGUUCCCGCCAGUGCCACCGCCCCCCAAGUCCCUGCGCCCCCAAGUCCCUACGCUCCCUCGCCUGCGCCUCCCUCUUGCGGAUGCUUUGGGCUCAUUUUGCUGUGGGAGCCUUUUCCCCCUGGAGUUUCUGGGCCGGACGGCGCCGCAGCCGCGUGGGAGGCAUGGCGCACGUUUUCAGUUUGGGGCUGAAUCAUCCCUCUUCCGCGGAAGCCUUUUCUCUCCUUCCGAAGCGCCGAUGAAGUAUUCCACCCCUGGCUUCUUGCCAGUGCGGACACGAUGCCAAAAAAUGACUACGUUUUUGUGUGGCGUUUUUGUGAGAUAUUUAAUGUGAAGGGGGCUCUUAGGGUCUCUGCUCACAGUGGCCUCCGCUGCCCCUGGCCCCAGACACCCGAGGGUGGGCGGGGAGGGGGCGUGGCCUGGGGUGUGUCCUUUGGAGACAGAGCCCCUCUCGCCCUCUCCUGGAGGGUGUGCUGCCUCUUAAAGGGCUCCUGUGUCCCCGGUGGUCACCCCCACCAGCGCCUCCAGUCCCCAGGGGCCUAGCACAGCAAACAGAAGCCCCGGGAGCCGCAGGGCCCCCCCACCCCAGCAUAUCACACGGUGCCAAAUUGCAUUGAACACGUGCGUGCGCGUGCGCACACGGCCCCAGACACGCGGAGCAGGGAGGCUGGUCCGAGCUGCAGGCUGCCACGGCCCCUGCCGUCCUGGCCACGACUCCGGGAGAAGCUGUGUUGUACGAUACAGAUCUAUUUUAAUACACUCAACGCUGGUUGAACAAGAUUUUUAUAUUCUUUUAUCGAUGAACAAAGCGAACUGGGAGGCACACGUCUGCUGUAUUGGUUACCGUCGGCGCCGAUUCAUGCAUUCCCGCGCGGCUCGCCAUGCGAGGUCUUCAGGUUCUUUCUCGGUUCGUUUCCUUCUUGGGUGGAUUGAAUUGAACUUUAAAAAGUGUAAUGGGAGGUGGUGAAAGGUUGGACCCGGAGGGGUAGCUGCUGACGUGUCUUGAGACUUAGUUUUUUGGACCCAGGAGGCCCGUCCAGUGGGUAGUAAGGAUAGAGAAAAGUGUUCGUCGUCAAUUUGCCCGUGUAGUUCGUCUGUACGACGCAUUAAACUCGAUUGAU